GCUCAGAUAUACCUCCACUCACGCGUAACCCAAACAAUAAAAACCGCCGCCCGCAGAAGAUUUCAGUUACCAAAUGGCACAUACCGUAUCCGCUUUGUUUGGCUCUCUUUCUUUAGUUCUUCUUGUACUGUCCAAAAACCUUCCAAGUUUUCCAACACAAAAAAACACUCGAAAUUGUUAAAUUCAGAACUCUCUCAAAACGACGACGUCCUCUCCUUCUUCCCGUACGUUUCCAGCUAUUUCUUUUUCGUUAUCUGUAUCCUGUUCUCCAAUCUAGGGUUUUGGUUUUGCCAUAAAUGUUUAAGGUUGGAUUAGGGUUUGUUUCGCAAGUUUUUGAGUUUUUAGAUUGAAUUGCUUUACUUUGUUCUUAUAAACCGUCUUUCCUUUUUACUAGUCAUCCUUGUCUAUAGAGCAAGUUUUUUUUUUUUUUUUUCCGCUCCAAAAUAUUGUUAGUUAUGAAUUAAUUUAAUUUAAUGGAGGAUAUUGGUUAUUUCAGUUUAUUUUUCUUUUUUUUUUUUUUCCGUAUAUUUGUUGUAUGUCUGAAUAAAUGCUAUUCUCUAUAAUUUUUCGAAGAAGUUAAAAUUAGGAAUUUUGGGAGUAAAAGAGACGUGUUUAGGUAAUUUGUUGUCAGUAAAUUUUUAAAUGGCGUCAGUUUUGUGCCUUCUCUUGGUUGUUAGUUUCAGUUUGUAUUCUCUACAUUAAAGUUUCUAAGCUGGAACGGGAGAUAUUGAAGCAUUAGUUGCUGACCCAUCUGCAAUUAUGGAUUAUACAUCCGCAGCUUAUAAUUCUACUGGUUCUAGUGCUUACCCUUCUGAGGAUACUGGAGAUCCUACUGCUUCUGGUGCACCAGCAGCAGGUAAUUAUGCUGCAUCUGGUGGUGACCGAAAUUCUGCUGGUCAAGAGGGUCAAAUCAGUGCAAUUUAUGACAGAAAGCCAAUUGGUGGAUCGACUGAUGAGAAUGCUGCUGGUGUUGGAAAUACAGCAGUGGAUGCAUCUAAAGCUACUGGUUAUAAUUCUUCUUUAAAUGGCAAUGUUGACAAUGAAGCACAAAAUGCCGCAACAGUUGAGAAUGGAAAUGUUUUUUAUAAUGUGGGUGGAUCUUCUGCCUCACCAGAGUUUGUGGAUGGUUCUGUGCCACCUAUGUCUGGUGAAGAGGAUCGUUUGUGGAGUAUUGUGAGAGCUAAUUCUUUGAAUUUUAAUGCUUGGACUACAUUGAUUGAGGAGACAGAGAAGGUUGCAGAGAACAAUAUACUGAAAAUUCGAAAAGUUUAUGAUGCUUUCUUGGCUGAAUAUCCUUUGUGUUAUGGUUACUGGAAAAAGUAUGCGGAUCAUGAAGCACACAUAGGUUCCAUGGACAAAGUUGUGGAGGUUUAUGAAAGAGCUGUUCAGGAAGUGACUUAUUCUGUGGACAUCUGGGUGCUAUAUUGUGCAUUUGCCAUAGAAACAUAUGGAGAUCUGGAAACCAUCCGAAGGCUUUUUGAACGAGGAUUAGCAUAUGUUGGAACUGAUUAUCUAUCUUUCCCUCUUUGGGAUAAAUACAUUGAAUAUGAAUACAUGCACCAGGAGUGGAGUCGCCUUGCUGUUAUUUAUACUAGAAUAUUAGAGAACCCUAAUCAACAUCUAGAUAGGUAUUUCAACAGUUUUAAAGAACUGGCUGGAAGUCGACCUAUUUCAGAAUUAAGAACUGCUGAGGAAGCUGCUGCCGCAUCAGGUGUAGCUUCAGAGGCUGAUGGACCAGUUAAUGAAGGCGAGGUUCAUCCUGAUGCUGCAGAAGAAACUCCUAAGCCAGUAAGUUCUGGCUUAGUCGAAGCAGAAGAGUUGGAGAAGUAUGUCACUGUUACAGAAGAGUUAUAUAAGAAAGCUAAAGAGUUCGAUUCAAAGAUCCUUGGUUUUGAAACAGCUAUUAGAAGGCCAUACUUUCAUGUGCAGCCCCUCAAUGUUGCUGAGCUUGAAAAUUGGCAUAACUACCUGGACUUUCUAGAAAGAGAGGGUGACUUCAAUAAGGUUGUCAAAUUAUAUGAAAGGUGCCUGAUAGCCUGUGCUAAUUAUCCUGAGUACUGGAUUAGAUAUGUUUUAUGCAUGGAAGCCAGUGGAAGCAUGGAUCUUGCUGAUAAUGCACUUGCGCGUGCUACGCAAGUCUUUGUCAAGAGGCAACCUGAGAUCCAUCUUUUUGCUGCUCGAUUCAAGGAGCAGAAUGGGGACAUACCAGGUGCUAGAGCUGCAUAUCAACUUGUUCACAGUGAAAUUUCACCUGGUCUUCUUGAAGCUAUUAUUAAGCAUGCAAAUAUGGAACGCCGCCUCGGGAAACUUGAAGAUGCCUUCUCUUUAUAUGAGCAAGCCAUUGCCAUUGAAAAAGGAAAAGAACAUUCUCAAACAUUGCCAAUGCUGUAUGCACAGUACUCUAGAUUUUCAUACUUGGUUUCUGGAAAUGCAGAGAAGGCUAGGGAAAUUCUAACUGGAGCACUUGACCAAGUCCAACUGUCUAAACCAUUCCUUGAGGCCUUAAUACAUUUUGAAACAAUUUUGCCACGACCAAGGCAGAUUGAUUAUUUAGAAUCAUUGGUUGACAAGUUUAUAGCCCUGAACAUGGAUGGCAGUGCUGCAGACAGGGAAGAUCUAUCUAGCAUAUUUUUGGAGUUCUUGAGUCUCUUUGGAGAUGUACAGUCUAUUAAAAGGGCAGAAGAUCGGCAGGCGAAGCUCUUUUUACCUCAUAGGUCCAUGUCAGAAUUAAGAAAACGUCAUGCUGAAGAUUUUUUGUCUUCAGAUAAGACAAAGCUGGCAAAAUCUUACUCUGGUGCCCCUUCACCUGGUCAGUCUUUGAUGGGUGCCUAUCCAAAUGCACUAAACCAGUGGCCAGCUGGUUAUGGUGCACAGCCUCAAAUUUGGCCCCCUACUUCACAGGUACAGGCACAGGCACAACCAUGGACUACUGGCUACAGCCAACAGGCUGCAUAUGGUGCAUGUAGUAGUUAUGGUAGCAAUUAUGCAACUCCACAAGUACCCACGUCAAUUCCGCGAAGUGCCAGUUAUGGUGCUUAUCCAACUACAUAUCCUGUUCAGACCUUUCCUCAACAAAAUUAUGCUCAAGCAAGUGCUCCCACGGCCUUAAUCCCAGCUCAGCAACCUGCUGCAGCAGUUCCUCAGACUUAUUAUGGGACUUACUACUGAGAUGGCAAUAACGUGAUUAUCCAAUUUCUUUGCUGUCUCUAAUAUCGUGUCUUAUUGUUCGUCUGUACGCUUAACCUUACCUGUUCUUGCUUGUUCUAACUUGAGAAGGCUUAGAAGUUAGCCUAGGUGGACAUUUUUGGGAUGUUGAGUGGUGGUCCGUUUAGGCUACAGUUGUAUAUUGUGCAUUUGGUAUUUUGGUUUCUUUUUUUGUCCAAUUUUAGGUUUUUUUUGUGGAACUAGUACAAAUGUUAGUGAUUUAUGGUAUUUUUAGUUGAGUUUCUAAUUGGAAGA